AUGACCACACGGCUCGUCGAUUAUUUGGCCGUGAUAGGCACGAACCUGGAUCCGAGAGACUAUUUAAUUACCAACACUACAACUCCGAUGAGAGAGCAGCAUGAAAAGUUGAGAGAUGGACUACAGAAGACGAAUGCUCUGGCGGAUGAUGAAGAAUUUGUCAAUGUGGAGCAUGAAAAUCAUGCCAUUCAUGAUUCGGAGGAUGUAACAACAAGUACAAAUGAAUUUAAUUCAAAUCAAAUAUUAUUUUCGGAUAAGGUGAAGAAGCCUGUAAUAUUGGAUCGAUACCCGAAGGAAGAUUUUCCUAAUUAUCCAUUGUCCAACGAAAUUCCGUUAUUUUGCUUCCCGAGUGGAGAAAUUAGCAUUUCAGUUGACGAAUGCACCUUACCAUCGUUCUUUACAUUUGUAUUGACGGGAUCUGAUGGUAAUAAGACAUAUGGUGCUUGUUUGAAUGUAUGGGAAGAAUAUAAUUUGGAUGAUGUAAUGCUUCCUUCCCGAAAAUCUUCAGAAGCUCAAAUUGAUGAAGAUUUAAUCUCUCUUGUAUUCGAUCCAAUCAAAACAGAAAGAAAAUCCUCAACUAUUUAUAUGAGCAAAAGUAUUUGUAUCAUAUCUCACUAUCCAUUUUACAAUGUAUUUAAAUUCUUUUUAACGCAAAUGUAUCGUAUAAGUAUUACACCAUCCAAGAUUCCAAUUGAAAGAUUUAUCAGCAAUUUUGUUUCAGAAGUGCCACUUCCAUCCCAAGGAAAAGUACAAGUCCACUACAGUAUUGGAGACAAAGAAAUUUAUAUUACACGACCACCUCCAAAUGAUCUACCAUUAGCAGAACUUGAUUUUGAGCUAAUAUUUUCUGUUUUAUCAUUGGACAAUAUUUUAAUUCUGUUUGACUUGGUAUUGCAAGAACGAAAAAUUUUAUUUAUUUCUGAGCAUGCUGGUAUUUUAACACCUGUUGCUGAGAUUAUUUGUCAACUCAUGUUCCCCUUCAAAUGGCAUCAUAUCUAUAUCCCUCUACUCCCAUCGAAGUGUGCUGAAUUCUUGUUUGCUCCUGUUCCAUUCAUUAUGGGAAUACAACGACAAUCUAUUACCAAUGAGAUACCAGCAGAUGUUUUUCAAAUUGAUCUUGAUAAUAAUCUCAUAGUUUGCAACAAGCAACAAUCAGUACCCAACCUGCCAGAGAAACAAAAAGCUAAACUGAAAAAAACUCUGUCAGAUAUUGUAAAAUGUAGAGUAGACUCAGCUAGAAGCGUUGAGAAGAGACAUUUCUAUGAUUUGGCAUAUUCCAUGGCGCCACUGCCAGAUGAUAUUGAUCCUGUAACAGGAGAAAAUUAUGUCUUCCCUACAAAGGAAGUACGACUUGCAUUUUUCAAAUUUUUCGUCAAUCUCUUUGGAAGAUAUAGAACCUAUUACAAGGAUGUGGAUGAUACAGAUAAGGAAUAUUUAAUCAACCUAGAUUUGGAAGCUCAUUUCAGAAAAAAGUCCUUUAUCGCGUCUCUUCCAGACCAAGCUCAAUCCUUCAUGACCAUCUUCUUGCAGACACAGUCAUUUGAAAGGUUUUUACUGGAUCGCUUGGAGAAAGCCAAUCAACAUGAAGUCUUGCUAUUUGAUGAAUAUAUCAUUGAAAAGAACAAUAAGGAUGCUUUCCGAUUCAAAAAGACACCUCUACACUUUAUUAACAAAAACUAUUCCAUCUCUAAAACCUUAAUGAGCUUGUCUCCAGAUUUAAGCAAUUUACCUGCCACCACUGAACCGUACAUUUACACUCGAUUUCCAACCUCUUUCGAUCAUAGCUUGUUCACAAAGCGAGAAUAUUCUCAAUUGCUAGUUUCUGAAUCGGAAAUCAAAUCAGACAACGAAAUUAACCUUUCUUGGAAAGCAUGUAUUACAACACUGUCAUCUCUUUCUGGACAUGGAAUGUCAAGCUCGUCAUCUACGGAUACAUCUCCUAGAUAUGUACCAUUCACGAGUAGUAGCAUCAACAGUUCCAGCAAACUAGGGAUAUCCAACAUGUUGCUAGACGAGUUGAGCAAUAACAAUUAUUUCAACAGAUUUUCAUUCAACACUCAUUCAGAAUGUUAUCAUUGCCAUCACAUGUGUAAUGAGAACGAAAUUCGAAUAGGUUGGAAUUUAAAGAGUGCACAAACUUACACCACACAAUGCCCUAUGUGUAAGAAACCUUUUGUUCCUCGAUUUGAGGUAUAUUUCACACUGGACAGCUCUUCCACAGAGGAACCACAACAAACUUCCAUUCGAUUAAUAACGAGCGUUGAAUAUCUAUCUCCUCUUGUAUUACGGAAAGAAAUUGAUAAUCUAGUUUCUCAUGAUGUAAAAGCUGAUUCUGCUUUGGUGUGGCAACAUCCCGUUCUGUUCUGGAACCUAAUUGUACAUUUCCGAUCCUCACCUUUGCCACUCAGCUUUAUUUUCCCAUGUAUUGAUUGGAAUGAGGUAAUUACUCAUGUAGUUACAACAUUAACUCAAAAGAGCUCUGCCAUUGUUCAUUAG